CCCGCCAUGGCCGAGGCCGCCGCGGCCGCGCGGGUGCCCCCGGACGAGGACGGGGACGAGUGCCUGCCGCAGUACCGGCACCUGCUCAGCCCCGACCUGCUCGAGGGCCAGGUAGCCUUCAUCACCGGCGGCGGCUCCGGGAUCGGCUUUCGCAUCGCCGAGAUCUUCAUGAGGCACGGCUGCCGGACCGUCAUUGCCAGCAGGAGCCUGCAGCGAGUGUCCGAGGCUUCGAAAAAGCUGGUGGCAGCCACAGGGCAGCAGUGCCUGCCCCUGUCCUUGGACGUCCGACAGCCGCAGACCAUUGCGGCAGCAGUGGACGAGGCGCUGAAGGAGUUCAAGAGGAUUGACAUCCUCAUUAAUGGUGCUGCAGGGAAUUUCCUGUGCCCAGCCAGUGCCCUGUCCUUCAACGCCUUCAAGACAGUGAUGGACAUCGACACCAUGGGCACCUUCAACACCUCCAAAGUCAUCUUUGAGAAGUAUUUCCGGGACCACGGCGGGGUCAUUGUUAACAUCACGGCGACCCUGAGCUACCGAGGGCAGGCCCUGCAGGUGCACGCUGGGGCUGCCAAGGCUGCCAUAGAUGCCAUGACCCGUCACCUGGCAGUGGAGUGGGGACCCAACAACAUCCGUGUGAACAGCCUGGCGCCUGGCCCCAUCUUGGGCACCGAGGGCUUCCGACGCCUGGGUGGGAAAUUUGCUGAGAAAUCCGACCAGUUCUCCGUGAUCCCGCUGCAGCGUGCGGGGAACAAGACGGAGAUCGCGCACAGCACGCUGUACCUGGCCAGCCCCCUCUCGUCCUACGUCACCGGCACCACCCUGGUCGUGGAUGGGGGGAGCUGGCUCACGUCCCCCAACAGCUUCUCUGCCUUGCUGGGUAUUGCCUCCUCCUCUGCUAAACUCUAGGUGUGUGGGCUGCAGGAGCAGACCAACCCCGCUGAUGGACAGCCUGGGACUGACUGACUGACUGACGGACAGAUGUGACCUGGGACGCCGUGGGGGGACGUGGAGCCAGUGCCGACAGCCACAGCCUCUCCUCGGCCACUAGUGCUGGUGACACUACCUGGGGGACACAGCUCUGGGGGUCCCUACCCCCAUCCCGUGCCAUUGCUGCCUUCUGAGCUGCUGUGGCUGCAGGUGCAGACUGUGGAGGGCUGAGAUGGUCACUGUCCCUUUGUGGCUCCGUCCAAGCUGCUUUUUCGGUCUUUCCCAGGCCCCAAGCAGGCCACCAUGGAGGCCCAUCCUCUUACUCCCCUCUCCCCUGUCUGAGCCUGAGAACUGCCCAAGACCCCCAGCAGCAGCUCCUGUUUGGCAGGGGGAGCAGCUCAGCCCGCCUGUGGUCGGGGUCACCCAGCAUGGUGAGCCCAGUUGUGCCUUGGCAGCUCUUGGAGGGGAAACCCUGGCAGGGGGAGGUGGCUGUGUCCCCUAAGGUGUCCUGGGUGGGACAGGGAUGUAGCUGGGAUGUCCUGGGAGCAGAAGUGGUGUGAGGACAGAUCCCGCAGCUCUGCCUCUGCACCGCAGCACGGCAGGUGUCCAGUGGUCUGUCCACACUCAUCUGUCUGUCACACCAGUGUCACACUGUCUCCUUCUAGACACUCAUGCUGAGACUAAGUGAAGGGCUAGAACUGGAAUCCAGUCCUUGCCUCCUGCUGUCUGCAGGAGCCACAGUGUGGCUGCAUGGAUGGCACUGCUGGGGCCCUGUCCCUGGUGUGGUGCCCUGGGGGACACACACUGCUCGUGUGCAUCCUCCUGCUGCUGCUGGGAGUUCUUUAGGCUCACCCUGGAUUCCAUGAAGCUUGCUCUCCCACUUAAUUGUAUUUCCUACUUGAUUGUAGACUUGCCAGAUUUUACUCCUCCCUCCAGGCCACAAAUAAAGAACUUGCCCCCUGAGCA